CAUUUAGAGAGAGCCAGUCUGCAGAGAGGUGUCUGCAGAUUUGUGAUGAAGUAUUGCCAAGACAUAGAUUCCACACUGUCUGAGAAAGUGAAUGCUUGCUAUUAUUGCUGCAUGGCUGAGUUAAUCUGCAAAAAGAGAGAGCACUCCCAUGAGAGUGCCCUUAAUGCAAGCUGAUGGUUUGGUUUACAGUACAAUUCCACUUCUAGAAUGUCGCAAUCGACAGAACAGCUAAAGUCAAGCUGCAGAUUAAUGAAUGUAUUCAGUAAAGAACUGGCAGACACGAGACGCUUUCAUUGACUUCUUAGCUUGCUGUCAAUGCUUUUUACGAUGCAUGUUUCAUGAUCUAGCACAAAAAUGGUGGCCAAUUCAAAUCUCGAUUCCUCAAGUGAAAAAUAGAGUAAGCCUUACUACUUGGAAGAAAAAUUUGUACAUUUUAUCAUACUGACUCGAGACUAAAGUGCUUGCAUGGAACAAAAUUGUACUGUGUAUGCUGUUUCUGAUCAUAAACCUGUUCUGUAAGGCUUUACUUAAAUGAAAUCUUUCUUUAAAAUGAGCUUUCAAGCCAAUAAUUGCAGUAGGAUGGGAGAGUCUUCAGACAAUGAGAUAAAAAGCAACUUUAAUCUGCCUAUUUUGAUCAAUGACCCAAAUGGCAAUGAAGUUCCCUGCAGCACAGAAAUAUCUCCAGAAACAGUCAGUGUUACAAUCCCAUUGACUAAUGGAAACUCUGACUGCCCAGAUAUGAAGAUGCUUCCAUUUAAUGUUGGGGUUAAUGUCAGGGAAACUUCUGAUCCAGCAGCUUGUAGGCUCUGUGAAAUUUCUGGACCUGACUUGGAAAUGGCUCAAGACUGUUUCUGUGAUCAUGAAGCAUCUGUUGACAUGGUUGUCACUGAUUCACUAAGUAGCUCUUCAGAUUAUCAGUGCAUGACAGCAAAUUUAAGUUGGAGUUCGAAGUGUUCUGCCACACCAGAUCCAGGGCAGCACAUGCUGGACCACAAACAGUGUCACGUUGUCAAAAGUCAGUUGCCUUGCAUAAAAGCUUUAAGUGAGUAUCAUACAACAGAUAUUGAAGGAAAGUUGAACACUUAUGUUACAAAUGAAGCACGUCUUCAGAAGUCAUUGGAGCAUCAUGUUAUGGGUGAUGGAUUCAAGUUGAGUAUAACUGACAGUCCUAAAGACACAUUGAUGAGAAUUACAAUGAGUAUGGAAAGAGGUUUGGAAUACUCAAGACAACCUUGUGAAUCCAAGUUAGAAAUGAAACACAUUAGUGCAGGCAGUUUGGAAGAUGAAUCUAGUGCGCCUGUCCUUGAAUCAUCUGUAUCUUCUCAUGAUUCAGAUUAUCCAUUUCUAAUGUCAGAUCAAUCAUUAGAGACUUUUGAAUCCCAAGGUGAGAGUGGGAUUUUGAAUGCUACCCAAAUUAUGUAUCAACUGCCAUUGAAAACCAAUUUCCAUUCUCAAGGGUGUGCUGUAGGAGUAUCAAAUCAGCAGCAUGUUCUAGAUAAAGCUGAAGUACUUUAUCAAACACAUUCCAAUGUUCAAAGUACAGGAUCAGCACAGUACCCCGCCUUCAAUGCAAAUAAGAACUUCAGAGAGGAAAUAGGUCACAAUGUAACUGGUAACACUGAUUUUUACCGAUGUGUGAAAUACCAGUCACAAGAAACAGUAGAUGGACAGCUACCAGUUAUAAAUGAACAGUGUGAUGAAGAAAUCAGGAAUAAAAUGGGCAAAGCUAAUUAUGAAAUGCCAACAAAUUCAGCAAUGAAUACCACAUUUAUAGUGUUGAAGGAAGUAAAUAACGAUCCAAAGCUUGAAACUGAAAUUAACAGUUGCAGGACUGAGGCACAGGAUCUUGUACCCAAAGCAAGAGCAUCUAUCCAAGGGAGUGUAAAUAACACAACAUUUUUAGUUUCCAAUCAAACCAUUCAUGAACAUGAAAAUUUGUAUUCUCAAACAUCAACCCCUUUGGCAGGGUCCAAAAGAACGGUUUUCUUCAGUUCGCCAUUACAGAAUCUAACCAGUUUAUCUGACCAUGACAGCUGUUCUGCAGAAGAGUCUCCAAGCAUGAUGCUGCUGUCAGAUGCAAGGGGUUCUGUACAGAAACCAGGCUUCAAAAUGAAAUGCAAUGCAAAUAUGAAACCAAAGUUGUCCAAAGUGGAGAUCAAAUCUUAUCCUAAACCUAAUUUUAACAAUGUCAAACCCAAAGUUGUAUCUAGAACUCAGCAGAUGUCUUCAGUGCCAAAAGGCAAUGUCUGUCUUUCAAGAGAAGUUUCAUGUAAAUAUUUUCCAAGGUCUACCAGUUCCUUCUCAUCUCUUGAUUCUCCAUGUUCCCGAUCUCCUGUACCAAAACACAAAAAGGAACCGCUUUCAAAAUCAGCAUUGAAAACAAAAUCCGAAAUCAUGAGAUUCCAGAAGUUGGUGUUUAGGAAAAGACUCUCUGCAAAUGAGCCACAGACUGGUAUGACAGAAAGCAAAACCUCAAAAUCCAGUUACAGUAACAGUCCUCAAGCCAGAGCACCUUCAAACUUGGCCUUUGCAAAUGGAGCUGGAAGUCAAGUAUCUGGUUCACUGCACUUCUCCAAACCAUUACUUUCUUCUAUGGGAACGAGUACAUGUGAACUUAAAAUGUUUCACGCUGAUGGAAUAGAGAACAUCAAUCCAUCAAGGAAGAUUAUUCCAGUUGUUGAAAAACCAAGGGUACGAUGCAGCAAUUUGGCAGAUGCGAUUGAUGACCACCCAGUCAGCUUUAUUCCAGUUUCUGCUGCUGCUUUGGAGAAUCUUCACACCAUGAAAGCUCCUUUAACUAAAUCAUCAGCACCCAGCAUUGGUGAAGUUCAAGUUGAACAGAGGCCAAGGGGCAAUACUAAGAGCCAGACUGUGCUGUCUCCAUCUGCAAAACUAAGAGCGCCGUCGUCUUUAUCCAGAUUGCGAUUGGGACGUGUGAGCAAUGAUGGCCAUACUGGAAAUAUGCAUGGUUCAACAAACAAACAGCCAUUGACCUCUGAUCAACAAAAAGGUAUUUCUAUUAAAGCAAAACCAAGACCUUCAUCAGUCACAGCUGCUUUGAACUUGGGAGAUAAUGCAAUAAAAAGCACACCUGGCUCUAAACUGCCUGUUCCAGCUUCUAGGUUACAAAGAGUCAAUAGCUUGUCAUCAGUCAGCAGUGGUGUCUCAAUCCAGAGUGUUCAGAGCAGUUAUAGUAAUAAAUCUGUAGUUGCUUCAACAAAUCGGAGAGGAGAUGGCCCUAGGAAAGGCGUGCUCUCUGCAAGCCCUUGCGGCAUUCAAACAUCAUGUACAAAGUCACUGCAGAAAAAUAAGGUGCUUUCUGUGAAGACCCCAUGCAGAGGAGUGAACAGAAAUGUUACCACCUCAAGUCAAAAUGUUCCAGGUUCAGCUUCAAGGUCUACAAGACAACUGAGUGCUUCACAAAAUUUGAAAGCUGACAGAACUUGCGUGAAGUCAAACUCUUUCAUACACAAGCCAAGUUCCCAAACCACUCGUACAUCAACUCGGGCUCCAGCAGAUCUGCUUCCAGUUGUGAAGAAAUCCCCUGGCUUACUUCACUACAAAGCUAAAUGUGAGAAGCAGAUUGAAUGGAUUGCAUUGUUGAAAGAACUAUUGAAAACAAGUAACCAAAGAUUUGAAGCUGUUGCAAUUGUAGUUCAAUAUCUCCAAGCCCAGCGGGACGAAGUAGGCAAACAACACAAGGAAUUGUCUCAAGAGCUGCUUACUCUGCGUAGUGAACUAGAGUCAAGGAAUGUGACUUGUGUUCAUUUGGAAAAGGACCGAGAGGAACUACAAAACAAAUACGAAGGAGUAAUUCAAAAGCUAUCUGAAGAACACCAGGCUGAACUUAAAGGGUUAGAAAAAAGACUCGAGGAGCUCUUCACUGCAGAGAAGGAGCAUCUGCAACAAAACUUUAAAAAUGACGUCAAAAAAUUGCAAGCACAACUGCAAAAUGAGAUUGAAGGCUUAACCUCUGAACAUGAAGCCCAUAAACUGGAGCUUUUUGCAACUCAUUCAAAGAACCUAGAAUGUCUUCAAAAAGAAUAUCAACAGUCUCUGACAGAACUUUCCACAUCACAUGAACGGGAACAGAAAAUACUCGAAGAAAGCUUUAAGGAAAGACUAUCACUGUUGCAGGGCCAAAUUACAGAACUGAAUGAGGAAAAUGAUUCCUUAAAGGAGGAGAUUAAAACUAAGGAGGAAGUUGCAAAAGCACAAGGACAAAAAGACCAAAAAAUUGACCCCCUGAGUCUAUACCUGAAGCAAGAAUUGGAAAGUCUAAAGGCAGUGCUCGAAAUAAAAAAUGAGAAGAUACAUAAUCAGGAAAAGAAGCUGAUGCAGAUGGAAAAGCUGAUGGAGAAACAUACUGUGCUGGACGAAAAGCUUAAAAUUGUGCUGCAAGAAAAUGAAGACUUAAAAGCUCGAAUGGACAAACACAUAGCUGUGUCUAGGCAACUCUCUACUGAACAGGUUGUUUUACAGGAGUCAUUGCAGAAAGAAUCAAAAGUCAACAAGCGCUUAUCUAUGGAAAAUGAAGAACUUCUGUGGAAGCUGCAAAAUGGAGAUGUUCUUGGCCCUAAGAAGCUGUCACCAACUUCCCCUUUAUCCUUUCAGCCCUCCAAAACUUCAGUGUCCCCAAACUCUAACCCUGCACCAUCACCAAGGUGACAUAUUCCAAAUGAUCACCAUUCAAAAUAACCUGUUCUGUGUCACUGGCUAUUGUGAUAAACAAGGGCUAUUGGAUGUUGACCAUGAUGUAAAAUAUUGUAUUAUAUGGCUUAAAAAUAUGGAAAAGCAUUCUUUUUUCUCUGUUUCUAGUUGUAUAUGAGACUGUAUAUAGGAAAUGUUGCACAACAGCACUUAAUUUACACAGCAAGAAUCUUGCUUUUGCCUUUUUGCCUAAUAAAAGAAAACUCAGGGCAUGUAGAUUAUAUUUGAUGAAUUUGAGUUUUCCUCACUCACUUGUGAAGAGGAUUUAUGUUUGGUGAACUGAGCAUUUAAGAUUGAGCUGAAGUAUUGAGGGCUGCCUUUAAUUAUUAACAAGCAAGGUGCUGCUAGAGGUUUUUCCCAGCAAAUAGAAUGAGGAAUUAUUGUGUUGCUGUCUGAAGUUGCACAACAUAUGGCGUAAGGAAGUGGGACAAAUUUAGAAAACAGAUUCUCCAUGUUUCGGGAGAUAUGCCAAGAGGAUGCCUGUGCAGAAUGUGGUCCUUGAUCUGUGUUAAAUUUAUGCAGAUACCUGUAUCUGCAAAUUUGAUCUAUUGAAAGCUGAUUGAGGAAAAUCUAACAUCAUGGAGUUUUAUUUUUUUAAUUUUAAUGCAAAUAUGCUAUCAAUUUAUCUAAGCACUAAAGCAAUAUUAAAGUAACCGUUUACAUUUGACUUGUAGUGGAAGUGGAGCACUUAAGUCCCAAGGCCACUGAGGUAGCCCUCAUUUGCUUGUUUCUGUCUGGAGAAAUUUUAGCUAUUUUUUUGGCAAAGUGAGAGGAUCUGGCUGGUUCAUAGUCCAUCUUAUUCUACCUUGAGUAUCAAGAUGGUUUCUCUGUUGGCUUUUAAUGUUUCUCCACAUAACUGGAUGCUGGUUGUGCAGAAGGUUACAGCCCUAAAUACACAACUGUCAAGAAAAGGGUGGGAAAUGUUUUUUUUUGUUUUUGGUCACAAGUACUUGGCUUCAAAUGAAGUUACAUGAACUUAGCUUUUUGUAAUGUGUAAGUCUCUUGAACUGAGAUUACUCUGAAAAACAUUGCAGUGAAACUUUAGACGAUCAUGUAUUACUUUAUUGAUACUCACAUUACAGUAUAAAUGCAUCUUGAUGUGUCUAGUUUUUGUCCUGUGUUUUUACACCCUUAAUAUGUACUAUUCUCUAGUUGAGAAGGAGGGAGCGAGGACAUAUUGCCUCUCUGAAACUUCUGUCUCUAUUGAACUGGUUGCUGUAAGCGUUUUGGGUGACCUAACCUCAUUCUUUUGAUCAUUUCUCCCCACUCUCUGAUGUCUUCAAUGGCAUUUGACCCUGGAGCCACAUGCAGAUCCUAACCCUGCCCCUCAAAGCCCAGGCAUUGUGAUGCUAUUUGCACUUGUUGAUUUUCAAAUUUGUUAGCCUAGAGGUUUAUUAGGGGCUGGUUUCUAUUGACUCGUUGAUAUAUUAACCUUAAAUUGGAACUCUUAAGAUCUGCUUGUAUCAGCAACUUCAGACACGUGCAAUUUACUGAUCCUAGCAGCUCCAUUGUACUUGAAUAGGGACCACAGAGAAGCUUGCACAUCCAUGGGUUAUGUCAUUGAAUGUUAUGAACCCAAGCGAAGAAAACUUGUGCAAUCUUUCCUUUUUUUAAACAUUGCAAUCACUUUUUUUCAUUUAGAUCAUUUAGUCUUUAGAACAUAAUCUUCAUGUUUGAAUGCAUCAGGAGCUGGUGAGUUCUAAAUCGAUUCAGCUUAAGCCAGUUCAAACAUUGUCAAAAUUUAUAUUUUUUUAGAUUCAAAUGUAUCUUUGCUAGAAUGGUGCAUUUAUGAACAGACAUCCUUGUUCUUGUCCAGUCACGUGUUGCUACUGUUGAUGGUGAAACAUUUUGUAUAGUUUUUGGAACUCUUGAUUGCAAAUUGACACUUGCCUUGAUACAGUUUUAUCAACUAUGUUGUGACAUACACUGGUUCACACUUCUUUCAAAAUAGUCAUGGGUUCCUUAUAAACUAAGGCAAAGAAACAUUGCAAAUUACCAUGCAAGUUAUCAAAUUUAAAAUUCCAGAUGUAAAAUGCUGCAAUUUCUCAGGAUAAUCUUGGCGAAAGCCAGAUAUUUUUUUAACGUGAAACCGCUUUAAAUUACCUUUGUCUUUGUACUGUUUCUUUGUUUCUUUUCCAUUUAACCCAGUGUUCAAUCUACUUUGUGUUUCUGUAUUGAAAAUUAAUUUAUCUGUAAACAAUUGAAGUAGAGAAAGAAUCAAGAACUGCUUCAGGCAACUGGGUUUAUUGAUGGGUUUGGCAUGCUUAUUUUCUAUGCAAUUUUAUGAUGCUCACAGCCGUGGAUCAGCUGGCCAAACUGAAGAACAAGUCCAAUCUUACCUUAAUUUAAUCUUUCAGUGUUGCAAAUCUGAUUUGGUCAAAUUUUGCAGAAAUCUAUUAAAAAUGCUGGUCCUUGGCCUAACUAGUUUGAACUUUUUAAGUUAUGAGGUGUUUAUUUGCACUUUGUCACUAGCUAUAAACAAAGUAUGAGGUUUCAUCUGAGCUUGCUCGCAGUUGGUAAGCCAAAGCAAAUGGUUACCUCAGCAGCUCAUUUAGCAAUUACUUCAGUGCAUACUUGCUAAAACUGAUUUAUGCAUGUUGGAGGAGUCUCAACUCCCUUGCUGAAUAGGAAUUCCAGUUAUUGAGUGAACAUUGCAUCACUUGGCUAGGUUAGCAAGAGUUCCCAAUGGGGUAGUUCCCAUAUAAUGAUGCUUGUUAUACCGUUCUAGGUAUUUGCAACAUUUUAACAACUAGUACACCCAUAGCAGCUCAGUUCUAACUUUUGUAGUUAAUACCCAAAUUAUAUAAAACCUCUACCCUUGAGAUUAAAAUGAGCUUGUUACAUUAUAGGAUGACAUUUUUGGUUAGUACAACUAGAUACAAGAUGAAUUUAUUCAUGUGUAGCUUUGAGGAUCUAUAGCAAAAGGGUCAGUCAAGUUAAUUGAAACAUUGUGCAACAAAGCUCGUAAAAUUUUUGAUUUAAUUUUACGUGUGCUUUGUCUGUUAGUGAUCAUUUUUAAUCUUAAUGCAUUAUUAAUGUACUUAUCACAUGUUGUUUCCUUGUUGAAUAAAGUAAUUGUUUUCUCUA